AUGCCUCGUAAAGGAUUCUCCAAUUUCGAUGAUUAUGAUGAUGGUUUUGAUGAUGAAGAUGAUGCUUAUGAUUAUGAAGAUGAUAUAGAUAUAGAUAUACAAGAAGAAGAAGCUGCUGAACCAAAGGAAGAAUCUGCUCAGCAAGGGAUUUGGCGAUGUGCAAUAUGUACAUAUGACAAUGAUGAAAGUAUGUCUGUGUGUGAUAUCUGCGGUGUCCUUCGUCAUCCAGUGGCCGGAAAUCAAAGUAUCAAUCAGAAUACAGUUGAAGGCAGAUGCAAAGAAUCCGUGGUAUCCAAAUUGGCAAAGUCCCUUUUCGAAUCAGUUCCAUCUAGUACACCGAAAAGGGCUGCUCUUGAUCUGCCUGAGCACGAGAAUCUUGUGAUGGAGCAGGGAAUUUCCCGUGGGAAUAUUCAUGAUCUCCACAAGGCUUUUAGUUCUAAAAGUGCCUGUGUUAGCAUAGCACCUUUCAAGUUUGAUGCUCCAUCGCCAGAUGAUUUAGUCUCCAAUGGAUUAACAUCCUCGAGAAGUGGUUCAAAAGUACCUAGAAAUAUUCCUGAAGCUAAUGCUGAUACAACCAUACAAAACUCAGCGAGCACGAAGCAGAAGGAGAAGCAAGAUAGCGCAGAACAGAAUCCUUUAAAGAAAGGAGGAGAUAAUAGUCUUAUUAAGGGCGGUUCUGGUGGGAUAAAAUCGGCCAAAAGUUUGCCAAAAGCUUCUAAUGAAACAAGUUCUUCGUCCACAAAUAUGGAGGCGUCAGAGAGUCUUACUGGUACUAUGAACAAGAUGUCUUUGACUGGGGAAACAAAAAACUCCAACAAUAUUAAAACUAGAAUACCAAUAUCAAAAUCUAAGCAUAAGCCAGAGGAGUGGAUGCUUCUUGAUUUAGAAUCAGAUACACUACGUCAGCUUAAUCUUGCCAUUGUGGGGCAUGUUGAUUCCGGUAAGUCAACACUUUCGGGUAGAUUACUGCAUCUUUUGGGAAAAAUAUCUCAAAAGCAAAUGCACAAGUUUGAGAAAGACGCAAAGUUGCAGGGCAAGGGGUCCUUUGCAUACGCCUGGGCAUUGGAUGAGAGCGCAGAAGAGAGGGAACGAGGAAUAACAAUGACCGUGGCUGUUGCUUAUUUCAAUACCAAAAGACAUCAUGUUGUUUUGCUCGACUCUCCUGGACACAAGGAUUUUGUUCCGAACAUGAUAGCAGGAGCAACGCAAGCAGAUGCUGCGAUCCUUGUCAUAGAUGCAUCUAUCGGUGCUUUUGAAGCUGGUUUUGAUAACUUGAAAGGCCAGACAAGGGAGCAUGCACGGGUUCUUAGAGGCUUUGGCGUGGAGCAAGUCAUAGUCGCAAUCAACAAAAUGGACAUUGUUGGGUAUUCGAAGGACAGAUUUGAUUUGAUUAAGCAGCAUAUCGGUUCUUUUCUGCAUUCCUGUCGCUUUAAAGAAUCUUCUCUGACAUGGAUUCCAUUAAGUGCCAUGGAAAACCAAAACUUGGUGGCAGCUCCCUCUGAAAGCCGCCUGUCCUCAUGGUAUCAGGGUCCAUGUUUGUUGGAUGCCGUUGACUCUGUCAAGUCUCCUGAUAGAGACGUCUCAAAGCCUCUGCUCAUGCCUAUAUGUGACGUUGUAAGAUCAAGUUCACAAGGGCAGGUAUCUGCAUGUGGCAAGCUUGAAGCUGGAGCUGUCCGGCCAGGAUCCAAGGUAAUGGUUAUGCCAUCGGGAGAGCAAGGAACCGUGCGGUCUCUGGAGCGGGACUCUCAGGCUUGCACCAUUGCAAGAGCUGGAGACAACGUAGCAAUAGCUUUGCAAGGGAUCGAUGCCAAUCAAGUGAUGGCAGGAGGUGUGUUGUGCCAUCCAGAUUAUCCGGUUUCAGUAGCAACUCGUUUGGAAUUGAUGGUGCUCGUCUUGGAAGGCGCAACCCCGAUCUUGCUCGGUUCUCAGUUGGAGUUUCAUGUGCAUCAUGCAAAGGAAGCAGCAACAGUUGUGAAGCUUGUGUCAGUGCUUGAUCCCAAAACAGGGGAGCCAACAAAGAAGUCUCCUCGUUGUCUAACUGCUAAACAGAGUGCAAUGCUUGAGGUGAAUCUCCAAUAUCCAGUUUGCGUGGAGACAUUUUCUGAAAGUAGAGCUCUUGGAAGAGUGUUCCUUAGAUCAUCAGGAAGAACUAUCGCUAUGGGAAAAGUUACUCGGAUAAUACAAGAGUCAUAA